GCCAAUGGAUAAUAAUUCCCCUAUAGCGACUAUGACCUUGUGUAAUCAGUUAACUAAAAAAUACUGAAAAGAUCUGCCUUGAAGAGUGAGGUUCGUCUGGUGUACUUUCACUCUUCAAAUUUGGACGAGUCUGACCGGUCCAACUACCUGGGUCAUUUCGUCAGAAGUAAUUAUGUUGCCAAGGAUUUGGCCAUCAGUUGUAACUCUUUUCACUUGCUCUUUACUCUUCUGCAGAGCGCAGGUAGAUAAUCCAAGGUCUCUGGAUAACAAUGAUGAUUACGAGUCUGAUUACUCGGAACCAGGUAGAGCAACUGAAGAUUGUCUUUGUGUGCCAUUCUAUCUAUGCGUGGAUGGUGAGAUAGUGGAUGAUGGAUCAAACAUUAUUGAUCCAAGGCGAAAACCGCAAAACGAAGAAUUAGCUUUGGAUGAAAAAUAUGUUCCUCCAGGGUGUGGACCAUACCAUGUAUGUUGCCGUAAUCCAGAAACUUCAACCAUAGUUCCAUAUGAGCACAAAUGUGGUACAAGAAAUCCAGGAGGUAUCAAUGGACGCAUAUUAUCUGCACAUGAAAGCGGAGAAGCUGAAUUUGGAGAAUGGCCUUGGCAGGCUGCUGUAUUAAGACGUGAUGGAAAUGAUUUUAUCUUCAAGUGUGGAGGAACUUUGAUUGAUAAUCGACACAUACUCACUGUAGCUCAUUGCGUCGAUAAAUUCUUAACUGACAAAGGAAGUAUGGUUAUUCGACUGGGAGAAUGGGACACUCAAAAUACAGACGAGUUUAUGAAGCACGAAGAUUAUGGCGCAGAACAGAUAAUGCUCCAUCCUCAGUAUAGAGAGAGAAAUCUUUUUAAUGACAUUGCAGUCGUUCGCUUGGAUAAAGACGUCGUCUUUAAACCCCACAUAGACACGGCAUGCCUUCCCCACGAUGAAGACGACUUCACAGGACAUGAAUGCAUUACUACUGGAUGGGGUACAGAUGCAUACAAAAGCGGACGAUUUUCCCUGAUCAUGAAAGAAGUAACUCUACCAGUUCUAGCAAAUGAUGAAUGCCAGGCGAUGCUUCGAAAAACAAGAUUAGGACCACGCUUCAAAUUGCAUGGAGGUUUCCUCUGUGCUGGAGGCAAAGCUGGGCAAGACACAUGCAAGGGUGAUGGUGGUGGGCCUUUGGUUUGCUACAGAAAUGACAACUCUUACGCGGUUGCCGGACUAGUGUCUUGGGGAAUCGAUUGUGGGCAUGAAGGAGUACCAGGAGUGUAUGUCAAUGUUAGAAAAUACCUGGAUUGGAUUACUUCCCAAACACAGAAGCCAUUAGAAGAGUACUGGAAUUCCUGAUUGUCUACACACGUCUUCACAAGUUCAAGAGAUCUGCGAAAUACUGCAUUUAUAUAGUUCAUUUGUUAAUAUUUCUGGUGUUUUUUCAUCUUCUUGAAACUCAUCAAUAUAUAUUGGUUUUUAUUUGAUUUCAUAAUUGUGUCAAAACGUUCAUUCAUUUAAUGUACUGAAAGUUUUAAUAAAACAUAAGAUUUUAAACUA